UCACACACACAUACACACCUUACAGAAGCAACCUUGAUAGAAUCGUAUUCACGCGUUUUUUUCCCCCUCCCAUCAACGCGUUAUAUACAAUGGCAUCGAUAGAACGAACAGCUGAAUACGAUAAAUUUAUUGACGAAUUGAAAGCCUUUCAUGAUAGAAAAGGCACUGUGUUGCAAGUCGAACCUGUUUUAGGUGGAAAAAAGUUGAAUCUAUUGACCAUCUACAGAACUGUAUUAGAUGCUGGAGGCUAUGAAAAAGUGACAUUGAAUCGUGGUUGGAAACAAGUAGGCGAUCCUUUCAACUUUCCAGCUACAUGUACCAAUAGUGCCUAUAUAUUAAAAGCAGUCUAUACAAAAUACUUGCUUGGUUGGGAAGAGGAGAAUUAUUGGAAACGUCCUUGGAAUCCACCGGCCGAUUUGCUUGCCAAUCAACAAAAGUCUUCCUCGCCCUUUAGAGACAACAUGACCUCUUCAACGACUCGACAUAUAGGCACAGCCUUUACUCAACCCAAACAGUCAUCUCAAACGAAUGCCUUUGGAUCAGGCGUCUCUUCAGCUAUGUUUAUGGAUCAAGAAUUUCGUGCUCGUAUUCUGCUAGCACUUCAAUCUGGCUUACCCAACGAGAUUGACUGGGCCUUUAACACACUCAUUAAAUUUUCUUAUGCAUCUGAAAAUUUUUGCUUGGAUUUCAUACCUACUUUGAUUGAUUUACUGCUUGAUUUCACAGACGAUUUCUUCAAGACACCACUCAACACGGAUGACAUGUUUUGUUCCAAAGCACAACAAGAGACUUACGAACGCGUCUUACAAGUAUUUCACAUCCUACGCAACUUUUCUUUUCUCGAAAUGAACAUUCGUCGUUUAGCACUGGAUGAGCGACUUCGAUCUUUAUUAAUGGCCUGUGUUGCAUUACCACCUCAUUCCGACUAUGGCGAAUUAAGCAGACAUUGUCUUGAUAUUCUGGAGAAUAUUGCACCUCAAGUCCAAUUGACCAGUCGUGAGGAUGCUUAUUUGACCACCAUGAUUCGUGUCUUGUUCAGUCAUGACCGUGCUUUUAUUUUAGGUGGUAUUCGUUCACUGACCCGUGUGGCUGUGACAGAAUCCAAUGAACGUAUUUUGGGUUAUGCAGACACACAAGUGAUUGAACGUAUGGCACAAUUCUUGAUGGUGGAUGAUGAAGAACUAGAAGCAGCCACACUUGAAUAUCUGUAUCAAUACUCUAGUCUAAAGGGUAAUUUCUCCACUCAAUUACUCAAGUGUUACCCAGGUAAUUUGAUUGGCUUACUGACAGGAUUUUUAUCCUACAAGUCCUCGUUAGCUCCUGCUGCCACAACACCUAUGGAGACAAUUCAUGGUAUUCCUGCUGCUCAAAUGAUUCCUGUGCCAGAAACCAAUGUGACACAACAACCUUCGAUUCCUGACUUGACAAAUUAUGCGUAUUUAGAUGAACCUUAUCGAUGUCUUGGAUGGCUGAAAGACCAAUUGUUAAGUGGAGCAGUGGAAGAUGAGAUUGUGUUGCGAGAGAUAUUCGAAGCUUAUCAAAAGUUAUUUGGAUCAGAAAAGCCCUUAGGCAUGAAGGAAUUCUAUACUGUGUUGAAAAUUGCUUUUCCUCAGCCUGUAGGUGUAGAAGAAUCAUUUACGACCAGUGCAAGUCCAUUAGAUACUGUCUUGCGUCAUGUUAAAUACUCGCCUACCCGAAGAAGAGAUGGUCCUGUGUGUCAUUGGUAUGAUUGUAAAGAAAGCUUUGAUACACCCGUUGAAUUACAUAAGCAUAUUGUGAAGCAACAUUUAGAAUCGCCUGAUCAAUGUCAUUGGAUGAAAUGCACUCGCCCUAUCCACACGAAAACACAAGCCAUUCAACACAUGCGUACUCAUUUUGCAGCCAAAGUAAAGAAACACACACAGAAAAAGACAUUUGCGAUAUCCAAGAUUCCCAUUGACGACUCAGAAGUGUCUGGUAUUCCAUUGACAUCAGCACUCUUAUUAAGGAAUUUAGCGAGACAUAAGCAACAUCAUACAUUUUAUUUGCCUUAUCAAAGCGAAUUAGGUUUAUUAGCUAUUCAAAGACCCAAAGUAGCCAAAUAUAUUCUGACUGUCUUGGGUGAAUUACAUACUGUUUAGAAUAAAAGUACUAUUUACAAAGUUUUACGAAGAGCUGAAUUCUUUUUGAGCUUCACCCUUGUGUUGUUGCAUCUUGUUUUGAGCUUCACCAGUAGUGUUACCAGUAAGAGAGUUGUAGGCACCCUUGACAGCACCGGCAGCUUGAUCCAUAGCGCCCUUCACGUAGUCAGUCACAUUGGCAGCAGUUUCUUGACCAUGACCAGCAGCAUUUUGAGUCUUGCCCUUGGAUUGCAUGGAUUCGUUACCAACAGCACCACCAACAUUGUCCUUGACAGAGCCAAUGAAUUGGUCUUUCUUAGCAUCAGUUCUUGAGGGUUCCAUUUUUGUUUUUUAUGAGAUAAUAAUUAAUUGAUU